AUGAAGUUAACCGAAACGCUAUACAGACGUUACCCAUGGCAGAAAUACACCACAAACGAGAAGCAUAUAAAAUUCAGACCAGAAAUGCGUAUGGAAUUAAGAAGCAAUGUAGCUGGUAAUAAACAGAAGUUCAGUAGCGGUGCCUGUAUUCAAGAAAUGUUCAUCAUGAUGGCUUGCUUGAAGAAAAACGAAUUCGAUCAGACGAUGUGCACCAAUGAAACAAACAAAUUUCGCCAAUGUAACGAGAGUUAUUUCGCCAAUAGAGAUCAAAAAAUAAAGAACCAACGUUCCGGUAUAGUGACGCCUGGAUUGAAAGAUUUAUCAGCUCCUCAAGUCAACACGUUAUUGAAAGAUUUUCCCAAACCGAAGUGA